AUGGCCGACAUUGCUAUCACCAUCAUGUUGGAGAAUCCGGGACCUCCGCCAACCUGCAAGGGAGCGGGGUGGUUCCAAAAUAACAUCCGGGUUAUAGCAUGCGAGGAUGCUAGAUCGGCGGAUAUAUAUAAUAAGACAGUCACAGGCAUUGGAGAAGUCUACCCUGGUGCGAAGCUCAGGGCGGUCGACUUCAAGGACCUACCGGUGCGACCGAGAGCGAGAGCAUGGUUGCCUUGCAAGCCAGCGGAACCCGAAAGGAUCCUGUAUACCAUAAGGCUCUACAACCCGGAUCUACCUACCGAAAAUUGGAAGGUGGUGAAAAUAAAUGAAAGCGGUAAAGCGACGAUGCAGGUUGUCCUGCUUCUUAAUAAGGACUACAUAGAGUUGCUGGAGCAAAAGAGCGGGGUGAUACGGUACAGCUGUGACAUGGCCAAAAUUAAGGUCUACAGCAACGACGUAAACGCAGCGAAGGACCUGAUCGCGGAGGUAGAGCCGGAGGAGGCCAACAGCGACGUGGAGAUGGAGGGGGAAUCCGUGCAGGUUGAUCCGAUGGACAACCUGACCGGGGGUUAUGCCUAA